AUGAUCGACCCUCCAGAGGUAGUUAUGUACUAUUUAGAUGAUCUGCGCAAACAAGGAGUAGACAUCUCAGAUUUCUCCUUAGACUGGAUGCCCGAAUUUCCUCCAGAUUUCAUGAAGAGGCCACAAGAACCAUCUGAGAAGGAAAAGCAGGAAAAGAGAGCAAAGCUGGGAGAACCAUCUGGAUCAAGACCUCCAGUACCUCUAGUUGGAUCACCUAGUAAGUCUGUACCUCUCCCUCCUUCUGUAAAAAUAAAACCAGUUUCUUCCUCACUCCCUCAACCUUCGCCCAUAUACACAACCUCUGAAACUCCUCCCUCAACCUCUAGACCAUCUAACCAACCUUCUAAAAAAUUCAACCUUGCCGCCACAUCUCUACCUGUUUCAGAAGCAGAAAUGCUGAACGAAACCACUUCACCCUCCUCAUCACCAUCUCCACAAUCCCCACCUUACUACACCCUCUCAUCUGACACUGAACCUUCUGACCCUCACUCUCCAACUCUGGCUCAGCUUCAAAACCGUGCUAUGGCCUAUCAACAACCAACACACUCUAGCCCUGAACUAGAAGUUACCUCUCCACCCCCAGAAAACCCAAUCACAACCACCUCUGACCCCGCACCAUCCGAACCAAUCCACUAUGAAUCACAACCAUCCCAACCACAACACUCUGAAACACCUCAACCAACUACCUCCGCUGACCCACCAACUGCCAUUCUUAACUUAAGCCCCCCCCCACUUCUCCUUCCCAAGCCUCUGAACCAGAAACCACCCUUCUAA